AAUCCUUUUCUCUGAAUUCAGAUUACUUGACUACAUUUUUAUCACCACCAUCAACAACAGUUUUGAAUUCUUUGGAUGAAAUGGAUUCUUUGCAAGCACAAAUCACCCAUCCAACAACAUUACUUGGUAUUCUAAGUUUAUUUCUAUGA